CCUCUCGCUACCUCGCCUGACAUUUCUAUCGGUCCUCUUCCUCGUUCUGUAGCUGGAUAGCUAGUUUGUUGUGUUGAGGAAAAACAGGCCGAAGACCCGCGGCACUGGAUUAAUUGAGACCCCUGGAGACCUCGGGACGCAGAACAAAAGAAAUAGAGAGUAAUCUGCAUUUCGGAGAUCACAUGCGCCCCGCCCUGUGGUGGCGCCCCCUGGCCUGUGCAGCGAGUAUGAGCGGCGAGGGGCGCAGCGGCUGCCCCGCCUAAAAGAGGACAGGCUCCCGGCCGCUCCCCGCGAUGGACCGGGACACCUUCUCCCACAUCCGGCUGUGGUGCCCCCGCCCCUUCGGCACCUACUCCCAGAACAAGCCUCGCGGCGGGGCGGGGGGCGCGGGGGGGACGGGCGCCCCCCUCUGCAAGGCUGACGCGCCGUCCGACGCCAAGGAGGAGCAGGAGGAGGACGCCGGGUCCGAGAACACGCCCCCCGACCCCGCCCUGCCCGCCAACCCGCCGGCCCCCGCCGCCGCCACCCCCGCGCCCCCCUCCUCCCCCGGCGCCAAGGUGGAGGACGGGCGGGUGCUGCUGGACACCUGGUACGUCAUCAAGCCGGGCAACACCAAGGAGAAGAUCGCCUUCUUCGUGGCGCACCAGUGCAGCGGGACGGGGCUGCCCCGCCCCAGCGCCAUGAAGGUGAAGGGCAACUGGGCGCCGGACUGCACCAAGGCCAAGCGCCGCCGCCGCUGCUCCUCCUACGAGCCGCCCGGCCGCGCCCGCGACCCCGCCCCCCCCGAGGACGCCGGCGAGACCGACCUCCUGUCCGUGGCCGAGAUGGUGGCCCUGGUGGAGCAGCGCACGGCCAUGGCCCUGCAGGGCAUCGUGGGCCAGGCCCCGCCCCCCGCCGGCCAGCCCCCCCAGACCGAGCUGCGCGGCCCCGGCUCGGACCCCGCCCCCGCGGUGUUCCUGUCGGAGCCGCCGGCGCCCCCCCGGCCCCCCUCCCCCGGCGCCCCGGAGCAGCAGGAGCAGCAGGAGCUGCGGCGGGUGGCGGAGACGGUGGCGCGCUUCGAGCAGCAGCAGCAGCAGCAGCUGGAGGCGGGGCUGCUGAGGGCGGGGGACGGGCCGCCGGGCCGGGAGGGCGAGCGCCCGGGGGACGGCCACGCCCGGGGCGAGGUGAGGAUCGCCUUCCGCGUGUCCAGCCUGGACCCCCGGGCCCAGUCGGAGCCGGCCGGCCGGCCCAGCUGCAUGUUCAUGAGCUGCGGGGGCGGGGGGGGCCAGGCGGGGGCGCGGGCCAAAGAGAAGAUCACCUGCGACCUGUACCAGCUGGUCAGCCCCUCGUCCCGGGACCCCGGCCUCCUGCUGGCGUCCUCGCCCAAAUCCGACCCCCGAGGGGAGGGCGCGCCCGAGCGGCCCGCGGGAGGCUCCGCCCCCGGCUCGGACCCCGCCCAGGAGCUGGGCGCGGCCGAUAAGAAGGCGGCGGGGCGGGAGCGGGUGACGGGCUUCCACGUGGAGGUGGUGGUGACCGGCGCGGUGGACCAGUGCGUGUUCUACGGGAAGGACAGCACGGAGAACGUGCAGGAGGAGACGGUGUGCUUCGCCAUGUCCGACGCCGGCGAGGACCCGCCCCCCGGCCAGCUCUUCUUCCUGCAGGCCCCGCGGCCCGAGGAGGACUCGCUGGACUGCGCCAACAACAACGGCCCCGCGGGGGGCGCCACCGAGCGGCCCGCCUCCCCGACGGGCGGCACCGGCGGGGGCGGCGGCGGGGCCGGGGACGAGCGCGCCGACCCCUCCCUCUGCCGCCUGUACCGGCACGUCUCGCACGACUUCCUGGAGAUCCGCUUCCAGAUCCAGCGGCUGCUGGAGCCGCGGCAGUACAUGCUGCUGCUGCCCGACCACAUCAUGGUCAACAUCUUCAGCUACCUGCCCACGCGGUCGCUCGCCGCCCUCAAGUGCACCUGCCACGACUUCAAGGCCCUGAUCGAGACGUACGGCGUGCGCGCCACCGACUCGCAGUGGAACCAGGACCCGCUGUACCGCGACGACCCCUGCAAGCAGUGCAAGCGGCAGUACGCGCGCGGCGACGUCUCCCUGUGCCGCUGGCACCCCAAACCUUACCACCACGACCUGCCUUACGGACGCUCCUACUGGAUGUGCUGCCGCCGCACCGACAAGGACACGCCCGGCUGCCGGGUCGGCCUGCACGACAACAACUGGGUGCAGCCCUGCGAGCUGGUGCAGACGCGCGCCAGGAGGGAGGACGGGAGGUGAGGGGGCUGGUAACCGCUCCCCCCCCCCUCCCCCCUCCCAAGGACUACCCGCCCCCCAUGUCAGGAUAGGGGUCACUUCCCUUUCCACAAACUGAUGUCUGAUGUCAUAUUUAUCUCACUUCACUUCUGUUCACACUGCAAUCUUCUGAUCCAGAUUCUCAAUUCGGAUUCCGCCGUUUUGAAGUUUUGCAGUUCCUGGAAUUGGAACCCGGCGAGUCCGUCCUGGUAGCCAGUCCUCGUCAGCCAAAUUUACCGGAUCAUGAGACACCUUAUACCACGGCCCGCCCGCCCAAAGCUGUCUCUGAAAGGUUGGGGGGGGUGUGGAGGGGUGAGGAGGGGGUUGUAGUCGGCAAAAAUGCUUGAAAUGAGACGCCGACAGCAGGAGAAAAAAACAACUGGAUGUCACUUUGUAAAGACUGUGUGUUUGAUUGCUUGAUGGUUGUUUUCGUGUGUGUGUGUGUGUGUGUGUGUUCAUUUCUGUUUUCUGCUGUUUUUUUUUUCUUUUCUGGAAAUUAUCCACCAAAUGAUUUUAAUCAUCUUUUAGUGAUUUAUUAUUAUUAUUUUUUGGCCAGACUUUUUCAGAUCCUCCUUUCCCACCACCACCACCACUACUGCCCGCCCCCCCCCCCCCCACCCGUGUCCAUGUCCUGUUGGCCGGCAGAUGCCACUUGUUGCCAAAGCCGCCCCUCACUCCAUGUGCGGAGGUGGGGGGGGACGGGGGCGGGGCCGCCGAACUCAACACCAGCUUCCAGCCUUAACCCUUUUCUGGCCCAUUGCCCCCCCCGCCCCCCACCCCCCAUCCUUGAAACUGCAAAUUCUGUCUGCGUAAAAACAACAGAGAAAAGAGGAAAGGAACAGAAAUGGCGCCCAGUGCUAACCGCUGACUUGGAUGUGGGAGACUCCAGUAGCAUCCAGAGCUGUACAUUGCUAAUGGGAAUUUCUGCUUCUCGAAUAAACCGAUGUGAUUAAAACUGG